CUCAUUUCCUGCAGCGCAGGGCUUGAUGCUGUUGCUUCUGGAGAGAUGUAACAGCUCCUCAGCCUUGGCUGAGAUGGGCGAUAAAGGCAAAAAGAGGACCUGGGGAGUGCAUGCCUUGCCAUCCAUGAGCUCCGGGGACCUCCCAACCACAGCCUGUGUCCUGUGGGUGCCAUUCCUAGAGGGAACUCCUCACCCCUACAGAGACCACGAAGAAGCCAGGAAAGACAAAUCCACGGAAGAGCACACCAGAAGGGUGCUGGCUACUAUUGCCCAGAGCUGAAUUUGUAGCUGCUGGUUCCUUGACAUCCUCCCCGCACAACCUCCCUGACUCCUGCUGGGGUUUCCAGCUCUGGUGAUGUUUCACUUUUACAAUGCGAUAUCAUGGAAAAUAAGGUUUGUUCAUGUAUUUCUAUGGAUAAUUAUCUAUGGAAGGUCAGAGGAUUGAAUAAAAACCACCAUUGGAAAUAUGCCUAGAUGCCAGAAAUAGACUGCGGCCCCCCUCCAGAGGUCCCAGGUGGCUAUAUUAUAGGAAAUUACAGCUCGAGGCUGGGCAGCCAGGUCCGUUAUAGUUGCAAAGAAGGAUUUUUCAGUGUCCUGGAAGAUACUGUGUCAAGCUGCACCCCCCUGGGCUCAUGGGAGUCGCCUAGAUUGCAUUGCCAAGAGAUCCGCUGUGGCAGCCCUCCGGAAGUACAGAACGCCAUCUUGGUGGGGAAUCACAGCUCCAGCCUGGGUGGUGUGGCUCACUAUGUCUGCCAAGAGGGCUUUGAGAGCCCUGGAGGAAAGAUCGAUUCUGUUUGCACAGAGAAAGGCACCUGGAGAGAAAGCACUUUCACAUGUAUAGAAAUAAUGACAGAAAUUAAGAAUGUAUCAGUGUUUAAUAACACCUGUCUGAGGUGGCAAAUAAGCUCAGGAAGAAUAAUCUCCAAAAUUAUGUAUGUGAUAAACCUAAAAGGACAACGGUCAGACCCUGUGGAAUCAAUUCAUGAGGAGACAAUCAACUUGACCACAGACAGCAGGACCCCGGAAGUGUGCCUCACCCUGUACCAAGGGACCAACUACACGGUGAACAUUUCCACCGCUCCUCCCGGGCGCUCUGUGCCCGCCAUCCUUGGUUUCCAGACAGCUGAAGAUGAUUUCUUAGAAGAUGAUGGAAUUUUCAAUAUCUCAGUGUUUAAUGAAACUUGUUUGAAAUUGAGAAUGCAUUCUAGGAAAGUUGGAUCAGAGCAAAUGUACCAAUUUAAAGUCCUGGGUCAAAGGUGGUAUCUGGAUAACUUUUAUCAUGAAACAUCAUUUAACUUUACAACAAGUGAACCAGCUCCAGAAGUGUGUUUGGAUCUGUAUCCAGCGACUGAUUAUACAGUGAAUAUCACCUGGCUGGGACCUUCUGAGCAGCACUCAGUGCAAAUAACAAUUAUGACUGCACCAACAGUAAAACAGACCAUCAGGAACAUUUCAGUAUUUAAUGAAACCUGCUUGAGAUGGAGAAGUAUGAAGACAGCUGGUAUAGAAGAGAUGUAUUUAUUCCGCAUCUGGGGCCAGAGAUGGUAUCAGAAGGGAUAUACCCAGGAAAUGAUAUUUAAUACCACUAGCAGCAGCCAGUCUCCUGAGAUGUGUUUGGACCUGCACCCGGGUGCCAACUACAAUGUCAGCCUCCAGGCUUUGUCUUCAGAACUUCCUGUGGUCAUCUCCCUGACAACCCAGAUAACAGGGCCUCCUGUUCCAGAAAUAGAAUCUUUCAUAGUGCGUAGAGGACAUCUACCACGCCUCAAGCUGAAGAAAGCAAAGGAGAGAAAUGGACCUAUCAGUUCAUAUCAGGUGUUGGUGCUUCCACUGGCCCUCCAAAGCAUAUUUUCUUGUGAUUAUGAAGGGGCUACCUCAUUCUUUAGCAAUGCCUCUAAUACUGAUGGAUAUGUGGCAGCAGAACUACUGGCCAAAGAUGUUGCAGAUGAUACCAUGGAGAUAUCUAUUGGAGAUAGGCUAUACUAUGGGAAAUAUUAUAAUGCACCCUUAAAAACAGGGAACGAUUACCAUAUUGUAUUACGAAUCACAAGUGAAUGGAAUAAGGUGAGAAGAUACUCCUGUGCAGUUUUGGCUCAGGUGAAAGAUUCAUCACUCACACUGGAGCAGAUGGUGGGUGUUGGACUGGGCUCCAUAGCUUUUGUGAUGGCUCUGGCAUUCCUCUCCUUCUUAGCAGUGUGAUGGCAGAUGAUACUGCAUGGGCAAAGAUAUACUGCUAUGGAGCAGAUAUUCUGAAAGCUUCUCAGGUGCCUGCACAAAGACCCUGUGUAUGUCCAUCCAGAGGGUGUGUGGAACUUACUGCAUUCCCAGCUUGGCCUCAUUCCUACAUUCAACAUGGUGGCUAUGUCAAUGGAUUCCCCCAAAAGGAGAAACUGAGGAAUUAUUAACCUCUUUCCUGCUUCAGGACCAGUUCUAUGUCCAUCAAUUUGAGACCUUUGAUAUCCAAUGUCAUAUUGACUACAGGCUGUGGAUCAUGAGAAUCAGGUCUGAGUGAUACCUGAGAGUCAGCUCCUCUAGACACCUGAUACACCAUAGUCUCUGCAUCCUCCUCUGUAGCAUCUCUGUUAAUCAGAACCCAUUCUUCAGGACCUGUUCCUCUCUAAGAAGCAAUAAGAUAGGCUUAGGUUUGGGCUAGAAUUUGAUUUUAUGAAGGGAGACAUUGAAAAAGAUAUUGGCUCAACUCCAAGGCUCAGUAAGAAAUGAAGGGUGAAAAAGGAGGCUUGUGGCUUUUCCCCCUCUUUUUUAUUUUCUAGGCUAGGCCCAGAAUAUUCUAGAAAUUUCUAGAAUAUUUUCUAGAAUAAAAAGUGUGCAGAAGAAAUAGAGGGGUUGUACAUUGCACAAGGUCAGGGUGUAACAUGAAUGUGGUCCUGAAUUGUUGCACCUAAAAAUCUUAAAAAGUAGAAAGCUGUUUUGUGUGUUUUCCACUGCUGGGUUUUGGUGGAGGAGGAGGCUGAGUGGCCUAGCACUGUGGUUUGGAUAUGAUUUGUCCCCAUCAAAUCUCACAUUGAAAUUUGAUUGCCAUUUGCACUGGUGUUGGGGAGGUAGGGCCCUUAAGAGGUGAUUAGAAGGUCAUCAGGAGGGAUUAAUGCCUUUCCUGAGUGUAACUGAGUUCUCAGGUUGUUAUAAAGUGAAUCUACCCCUGCAUGUUGUCUUUUCCACAUAUUCCCACUUGCCCUUCUUCAAUCCACUGGGCUUUAAAAUGGCACGAGGCCCUCAUCUGAAGCUGAGAGGGUAUCCAUGCCAUGCCCCUGGACUUCCCAAUCUAUAGAACUGUGAGUCAAAAUAAACCUCAUUAUUCUGUUAUAAAUGAUCUAGGCUCAGGUAUUGCUAUAGCAACAGAAAACAGAUGAUGACAUCUGGGCUUGUGAGCAGAUGAGGAUAAAACAGGAACAGGUGGAAACUGUCCAUAAAGCUGUUCCAUACCAGGCGUAGUGUGGCACAUUCAAUUGGGAAAGGUCAGAGAGUUGGAGAUGAUAUCUUGACAUUUGUAUGUUCAGUGUCAGCUGCCAGCCCUGGCCGCCGCCAGUGUUAGGCAGCAAUAGGAGUAGUUGUCCUUUUUUCCCUAAGGUACUAACCUGGACUAUAAUUUAUGAUUAGCAUUUAAAACCUGUCUUGCUCUCAUCUUAGGUGAAUUAUAGAGUAGAGUUCUCAAUAGACUAAUACAAAUAGGUUUCUACUUUUUAAUAUUUCUAGGUACAACAAUUCACAAUCACAUGAUUUUUCACAGCUCUUGAACUCAAUUUGGAAUCAUUACAGAUUUUUAUAGCAUAGGGCAGGUCCUCAGAUGAAAAAGAAAGAAUCUAGGGCCAUCUUUAACAAAAGAGAAAAUCCACCCUCUCCCCAUUUUGUUACCAGUUCUGUAAACAUGCUCUGUUUCUGUAUCUCCCUAAUUUCCCACUCUGGAAUUAACUGAAACAGUUGUCCACAUGGGGAUACAGUUGCCCCCAAAAUAACAGUUGUCUGGAUAGGAACUUAGCAUAACUGUCACAGAAAGAAAUCCUGCUUGCUUAUUAUCAAAACUUUUGGUUUAAAAUAACUUAGUAUUAAGUAAAAUAGCAACUUCUGGGUAUAGUGCACAAAUAUAAAAACAGUUCAUGUACAGUUACUAAAAUAGCAAAAACACUGACUUUGUCAUUUCUUCUGACUGUUCCAAAUUAUAAUUCAGAGUUACUCAGUGUUAAUGCAUAACAGAAGCAGGUGCUGAGCAUUUGUGAAAAGGAUGCUUAAUUUUCUUGCAGUUCUUUUCUGAUAGUUUUCUCAUAAACAUGAUGGCAGCUUUAAGUUCUCUAGAUUUGUCUGGUAGCUUUACCUUAAUACUGAUUUUUUCCCCCUCUACUGUAUUCCUAGCUAAAAGGGAAAAAAGGGUCUCGGGACACUGAUGGUCUUCCUGGAAGAAUGUAGGGUCUGUCUGUCCAAGGUGCACUUCUGUUUAUGUCCUCAGCUGUACAUCAGGCACGUCUACAUGUGUUUUUUUCAUUACAUCCCAGAACAGUUCUGCCUGUUAGGGUCAGGGUGAUGAGUUUCUUUUUAGAAUGGUGACAUGGGUUCAGACACAUCUGUGCCUUGAAUUAUGGGCCAAGUCUUCAGACAGCAAGACUAGUUUUCUUUCUUGGAAUUUGCUCGCCCUUGAACUAGCUAUUGAGCUAAUUUUUGGACAGCCUUUUUGGUUCUUGCCAAAGCCAAGCCUUUAAAUUUCCAAACAGCUUUAUAUAUAUUUUAAAGUAUUACUUUUAUCAUAGCACAUGUGUCUUUUAUAUCUGUCUGUUCGUUGGAAGGUAUCUCACCCAUCACUUCUAUAAGGGACCACAAACAGCAAAGCAAAUGGAUGCAGGUUGAUGAGGAAAAACAGAUAAUAGUUUGUUCUCUAACUCAAGACCUGGAGUUGGAGCUGAAUACUUAAGACCAGAGCAGCAGUGAUUAUCUUGAAAUUCCACAUUAGCUUGGAAUAAAGUUAACAUUUAAGUUGAUUUUAAAGGAUGUAAAAAAGAAUUCUCAGUGCUUCUUUUUUUUUAUCGCUAAUCUGACAUUCUGAUUUCUAAACCUUCUGUUUUUCUAUUCUGGUCUUCUAAGAGAAAACUGCUUGUUACAGCAAUCGAUCAAUCAGUGGCUAAGGGCCUUUUGCCUACUGUACUCAUUGAGUAAAGCCAAGUGCCUGCUUCUAAAGGGGAAGGACAGUGUGGCUUUUUUGGUGCUCAGGUUUGUGGGCUGCUGGUAAUACAAUGAAGCAAAUCAAUUUAAAAAGCAAUGUAUGCUCUUGUUGCAGAGACCUGAUGCUUUGAUGGAAGUGGUGUGUAUCUCCAUAUCCAUACUUUUUUGGCACCUAAAAAAGGGUGCCAAAUGAAGUCAAAUUAUGUGUGUCAUUUUGUAACAUGAUUUUACUCAUCAAAAUUUCCUGGAUAUGUUUUCCUUGUCAAUAAUGACUACCUUACAAAUGUUAGUUACAUUUGUAAGGUAGUCAUUAUUGAUAAUUAGUUAGUGAUAACUAAUUUAGUAACAUUUAGAGUAUUACCAGAUGUUCACUAUCCAUAUUCAAGUCUGUGUCAAUAUAUGCAAUUACCACUGAGGUUAAAUUCCUAGAAGUGAAGUUUUUGAAAUGAAAACCAUAUAUACUUGGCCGGGGAUUUAGUUCAGUGGUUCUGCCGCCUACCUCGCAAGCACAAGGACCCGAGUUCAACCCCUGGUACCAAAAAAAAAGCACAAAAGCUUCAGUACCACUGGCCAUUGUUGAUAUUUUUCAUCUUGAUUAAUCUGGUAGGAGAAAAAAUGAUGUUUUAAUAUUUUGUUUGCUUCUCUCUGACAGUUUUGCAUGCUGGUUGGCCAUUCAUAACUGUCUUUGUGAAUGGCCUUUUAAAAAAAAUCAGCAAUGUACUGGGCCUGUUUUUCUUUUAUGGAUUAGAAAAAGUGCCUUAUAUCAUUGUAGUUUUAAUUACCUGCCAUAUGUUUUGUGAACAAUUUUUAUAGCUUGUCAGUUUUAGAAAGGAUAACUUUGCUUUUCUUAAAACCUUGUUUGUGUUACAUUUUGCCACGUGAAAGUUUUUAAUUUGUGCAGACAAAUUUAUUAUCAGUCUUUUUCCUUACGUAUUUUGCUUCUGGUGCCAUGCUUUGAAAGAUCUUCCAAUGUCAAAGUAACAAAUAGUUGGGUUUUUUUUUUUAACAUUUAAACCUUCAAUCUAUCUGAAAUUUAUUUUAGGAUAGGAGUGAGGUUGCUGGGGAUAAAGAGUGAAGAGUCUCUUUUAUUGUUGUUAAAUGGUUUAGUUAGUUGUCCUAUAUUCAUUGAUUAUUUUCCCCUAGUGAUAUGAUCACAUAAUGAAUCAUGUAUAAAAGUCUGUUUCUGAAAUUUCUGUUGUUCUACUGAUCUAUUUCUGUACCAGUACCACCUGUUGUAAAUUUAAAGUUUUUUUAGUACCAGCUAAAUGUAAGUUACUCCUCUGUUUAUGUUAACUCUCAGGGUGCUCUCAGCUUUUAUUGCAUAGUUAUUUAUGUAUAGGUAUUUAUUAUACAUAAACCAAAGAAUUAUUUCAUCAAACUCUCCAUCUUAUUUUUUUGGAGGAUAUGUUAAAUAAAGAGUACUCCUGUCCAGAA